CCUGUCUUCCACUGCGGAGGUCACCUGGUGACUGACUCAGGCUUCGUGGGCAGUGAGGGUUUCCCCAGCCACUACAAACCCAACCGCAAAUGCACCUGGUACAUCACUGUGAGUACCAAACAGAAGAUAUACCACAACACUAUAUAACCACUAAACAAAAUACUCAACCCUCCAGCUACAGUGGUGGAAAAAGUACCCAAUUGUCAUACUUGAGUAAAAGUAAAUAUACUUUAAAAGAAAAUUAAUCAAGAAAAAGUGAAAAUCACACAGUAAAAUCCUGCUUGAAUAAAAGUCUAAAAGUAUUUGGUUUGAAAUAUACUUAAGUAUCAAAAGUAAAUGUAAAAGCAUAACAUAAUUUCAAAUUCCUUACAUUAAGCAAACCAGACGGCAAGAUUUUGUUGUUUUUAUUUUAUUUACGGAUAGCCAGGGGGCACGCUCCAACACUCAGACAUAAUUUACAAAUGAAGCAUGUGUGUUUUAGUGAGUUCGCCAGAUCAGAGGCAGUAGGGAUGACCAGGGAUGUUAUUUUGAUAAGUGCGUGAAUUAGACCAUUUUCCUGUCCUGCUAAGCAUUCAAAAUGUAACGAGUACUUUUGGGUGUCAGGGAAAAUGGAUGGAGUAAAGAAGUACAUCAUUUUCUUUAGGAAUAUAGUGAAGUAAAAGUAAAAGUUGUCAAAAAUAUAAAUAGUAAAGUGAAGUACAGAUACCCCCCAAAAAACUACUUAAGUAGUACUUUAAAGUAUUUUUUGUACUUUACACCACUGCAAUGUAAUUCUAAUAAUAAUGCCUCUACAUGGUAUAAUAGUGAGUACAACUCAUAGACAAUAACAUCUGUUGUCCUUUGAUAAGAUAAUGGUCAUUCACACUAGCCUCCAAUAGGCUAACUACACACUUGACCCUCUAAGGCUUAACCUCUGACCUUUAACCCCUCUCAUCUACAUCCCAUAAUACCCAGGUCCCCGAGGGCCACGUGGUCAUGCUCUCCUUCCGCAUGUUUGACCUGGAGGCCGACCCCACCUGUCGCUAUGACUACCUGGACGUGUACAACGGCCACUCGCACACGGUGCAGAAGCUGGGGAGGUUCUGUGGGACGUUCCGACCAGGGGCUCUCAUCUCUACCUCCAACACCAUGAUGCUGGAGAUGGUGUCCGAUAGUAGCACCGGAGGACGGGGGUUCGUGGUUCACUACCAAGGAGGGAAACCACACAUGGACGGUGAGGUUUGAUUAUUGAUACUGUGGUUUCAUGGACGGUGAGGAUUGAAAAGAAAACAUGAAUCAUCAGCGUACAAUGACACCUUUGUUUUUAAGCCCUGGAUUUCUAAUCCCUUGAUAUUAUUGUUGGAUCUGAUUUUAAUAGCUAACAUGUCGAUGGCCAUAAUAAAUAGAUAUGCCGAUAGUGGACAACCUUGCUUUACUCCUCGUGACAGUUUCUGAGAAAUAGCCAUUAUUUACUAUUUUACACCUAGGGUUACUAUACAUGAUUUUAACCAAUUUUAUAAGAGAUUCUCCAAAAUUGAAAUGCUCCAGGCAUUUAUAUAUAAACUCCAGUCGUACUUUAUCAAAUGCCUUUUCAAAGUCUGCUAUGAAUAGCAGGCCUGGUUUCCCAUAUUUUUCAUAGUGUUCUAUUGUUUCCAGUACUUACCUUAUAUUAUCUCCAAUGUAUCGUCCAUGUUAAAAACCUGUCUGAUUAGAAUGAAUAAUGUCCAACAAUACCUUUUUAAUUCUAUACGCUAUACAUUUUGCUAGAAGUUUUGCAUCACAACACUGAAGUGUAAGGGGCCCCCAAUAUUUUUAUGGACUGGAUCUUUAUAUUUUCCACUUGUAUCCUGUUUCAGUAAUAAUGAAAUUAAACCUUCUUCUUGAGUGUCUGAUAAUCUACCAUUUACAUAGGAGUGGUUAAAACAUGCAAAUAACGGUCCUCUGAGUAUAUCAAAAAAGGUUUGGUAUACCUCGACUGGUAUGCAAUCCAACCCUGGAGUUUUCCCAGACUUAAAGUCUUUAAUUGCAUCCAGAAGUUCCUCCUCUGUAAUUUCACCUUCACAUGAGUCUUUCUGUAUGGCUGUUAAUUUUACAUUAUCAAUAGAAAAAAAUCCCUACAAUUUGCUUUAGUUAGAGGAGAUGGAGGCGACUGAAACGAAAAUAUAUGCUUAAAGUACUUUGCUUAGUCCUUCAAAAUAUAAUUUGGUGAAUCAUAGGUGACUCCAUCAUUUGUAACCAGUUUCAGUAAAUUAUUUUUGGUAGCAUUUGUGUUUAAAAGAUUACAAAAUAAUUUGGUGCAUUUUUCCCCAUAUUCCAUCCAGUUUGCUUUAUUUUUAUAAUAUAUUACACUUGAUCUUUCUUGAAUAAGUUUCUCCAUUUCUUUUUGUUUUUCCUCUAAUUUAUUCUGAGCCUCUAUGUUACAGUUUAAUUGCUAUCUAUCUGUUCUGUUAGACCUUCUAUUUCCUUUGUUAGUAUGGACUCUUUUGACCUAAAUUGCUUUUGUUUUCGAGAUGAGUACUGAAUUGCGUGGCCUCUAAAGGCACAUUUAAAAGUGUCCCAUACAAUAAGGGGAUUUGCUCUACCUAUGUUAUGUCGGAAAAAAUCUGUUAUAAAUUCCUCUGUCUAUUUAAACAAGUUAUCAUCCAAUAGGCUUUGAUUAAAUUUCCAACAUCCUCGCCCACGUGGAAAUUCAGUAAGAGUAAUGUAUAUGCCAAUUAUAUGAUGGUCCGACCGCACUCUGUCCCCUAUCAACACUUUUUAAACUUUUGGUGCCAACGAAAAUGACAUAAGAAAGAAGUCAAGACGACUAGCUUGAUUGAGUCUCCGCCAUGUAUAUCUCACUGGAUCAGGAUAUUUAAGCCUCCAUAUAUCUACUAAUUCUAAUGUAUCCAUGACAUUCAUGAUUUCCUUAAGAGCAUGAGGGUGAUAGUUUGUUGUGUGAUUUCCUUUACGGUCCAUUGAGCUAUUUAAAACGGUAUUAUAAUCUCCACCAUAAUAAUAGAGUCUUGAAUUGCUUGCAGGGUUGAUAAUUAAUUAUAUAUUGUCAAAGAAGUGUGGAUCAUCAUUAUUUGGUCCGUAAAGGUUAAUGAGCCAUAUCUGUUUAUGGUCCAAUAACAUAUUUAAAAGUAUAUUCCCCCCCCCCCCCCCAAUAAAAAAUACCAUAUUGAUUGUUUAUUGAUACUGUGGUUUCAUGGACGGUGAGGUUUGAUUAUUGAUACUGUGGUUUCAUUGGACGGUGAGGUUUGAUUAUUGAUACUGUGGUUUCAUGGACGGUGAGGUUUGAUUAUUGAUACUGUGGUUUCAUGGACGGUGAGGUUUGAUUAUUGAUACUGUGGUUUCAUGGACGGUGAGGUUUGAUUAUUGAUACUCUGGUUUCAUGGACGGUGAGGUUUGAUUAUUGAUACUGUGGUUUCAUGGACGGUGAGGUUUGAUUAUUGAUACUGUGGUUUCAUGGACGGUGAGGUUUUGAUUAUUGAUACUGUGGUUUCAUGGACGGUGAGGUUUGAUUAUUGAUACUGUGGUUUCAUGGACGGUGAGGUUUGAUUAUUGAUACUGUGGUUUCAUGGACGGUGAGGUUUGAUUAUUGAUACUGUGGUUUCAUGGACGGUGGGUUUGAUUAUUGAUACUGUGGUUUCAUGGACGGUGAGGUUUGAUUAUUGAUACUGUGGUUUCAUGGACGGUGAGGUUUGAUUAUUGAUACUGUGGUUUCAUGGACGGUGAGGUUUGUUUAUUGAUACUGUGGUUUCAUGGACGGUGAGGUUUGAUUAUUGAUACUGUGGUUUCAUGGACGGUGAGGUUUGAUUAUUGAUACUGUGGUUUCAUGGACGGUGAGGUUUGUUUAUUGAUACUGUGGUUUCAUGGACGGUGAGGUUUGAUUAUUGAUACUGUGGUUUCAUGGACGGGUGAGGUUUGAUUUAUGAUACUGUGGUUUCAUGGACGGUGAGGUUUGUUUAUUUGAUACUGUGGUUUCAUGGACGGUGAGGUUUGAUUAUUGACUACUGUGGUUUCAUGGACGGUGAGGUUGUUUAUUGACUUGGUUUCUGGACGGUGAGGUUUGUUAUUGAUACUGUGGUUUCAUGGACGGUGAGGUUUGUUUAUUGAUACUGUGGUUUCAUGGACGGUGAGGUUUGAUUAUUGAUACUGUGGUUUCAUGGACGGUGAGGUUUGAUUAUUGAUACUGUGGUUUCAUGGGACGGUUGAGGUUUGUUAUUGAUACUGUGGUUUCAUGGACGGUGAGGGUUUGAUUAUUGAUACUGUGGUUUCAUGGACCGGUGAGGUUUGAUUAUUGAUACUGUGGGUUUCAUGGACGGUGAGGUUUGAUUAUUGAUACUGUGGUUUCAUGGACGGUUGAGGUUUGAUUUGAUACUUGGUUUCCUGGACGGUGAGGUUUGAUUAUUGAUACUGUGGUUUCAUGGACGGUGAGGGUUUUAUUAUUUAUACUGGUGGUUUCAUGGACGGUGAGGUUUGAUUUUUGAUACUGUGGUUUCAUGGACGGUGAGGUUUGAUUAUUGAUACUGUGGUUUCAUGGACGGUGAGGUUUGAUUUUUGAUACUGUGGUUUCAUGGACGGUGAGGUUGUUUAUUGAUACUGUGGUUUCAUGGACGGUGGGGGUUUGAUUAUUGUUACUGUGGUUUUUAGGACGGUGAGGUUUGUUUAUUGAUACUGUGGUUUCAUGGACGGUGAGGUUUGAUUAUUGAUACUGUGGUUUCAUGGACGGUGAGGUUUGUUUAUUGAUACUGUGGUUUCAUGGACGGUGAGGUUUUUUUAUUGAUACUGUGGUUUCAUGGACGGUGAGGUUUGAUUAUUGAUACUGUGGUUUCAUGGACGGUGAUGGGUUUGAUUAUUGAUACUGUGGUUUCAUGGACGGUGAGGUUUGUUUAUUGAUACUGUGGUUUCAUGGACGGUGAGGUUUGAUUAUUGAUACUGUGGUUUCAUGGACGGUGAGGUUUGAUUAUUGAUACUGUGUGGUUUCAUGGACGGUGAGGUUUGUUAUUGAUACUUGGGUUUCAUGGACGGUGAGGUUUUUAUUAUUGAUUUCUGUGGUUUCAUGGACGGUGAGGUUUGUUUAUUUAUACUGUGGUUUCAUGGACGGUGAGGUUUGAUUAUUGAUACUGUGGUUUCAUGGACGGUGAGGUUUGAUUUUUUGAUACUGUGGUUUCAUGGACGGGAGGUUUGAUUAUUGAUACUGUGGUUUCAUGGACGGUGAGGUUUGAUUAUUGAUACUGUGGUUUCAUGGACGGUGAGGUUUGAUUAUUGAUACUGUGGUUUCAUGGACGGUGAGGUUUGUUUAUUGAUACUGUGGUUUCAUGGCGGUUGAGGUUUUGAUUAUUGAUACUGUGGUUCAUGGACGGUGAGUUUGUUUAUUGAUACUGUGGUUUCAUGGACGGUGAGGUUGAUUAUUGAUACUGUGGUUUCAUGGACGGUGAGGUUUGAUUAUUGAUACUGUGGUUUCAUGGACGGUGAGGUUUGUUUAUUGAUACUGUGGUUUCAUGGACGGUGGGUUUGAUUUAUUGAUACUGUGGUUUCAUGGACGGUGAGGUUUGUUUAUUGAUACUGUGGUUUCAUGGACGGUGAGGUUUGUUUAUGAUACUGUGGUUUCAUGGACGGUGAGGUUUGUUUAUUGAUACUGUGGUUUUCAUGGACGGUGAGGUUUGUUUAUUGAUACUGGUGGUUUCAUGGACGGUGAGGUUUGUUUAUUGAUACUGUGGUUUCAUUGGACGGUGAGGUUUGAUUUAUUGAUACUGUGGUUUCAUGGACGGUGGAGGUUUGGUUUAUUGAUACUGUGGUUUCAUGGACGGUGAGGUUGUUAUUGAUACUGUGGUUUCAUGGACGGUGAGGUUUGAUUAUUGAUACUGUGGGUUUCAUGGACCGGUGAGUUUGUUUAUUUAUACUGUGGGUUUUAUGGACGGUGAGGUUUGAUUAUUGAUACGUGGUUUCAUGGGCGGUGAGGUUUGAUUAUUGAUACUGUGGUUUCAUGGCCCGGGGAGGUUUGAUUAUUGAUACUGUGGUUUUAUGGAUGUUAAGGUUGAUUAUUGAUACUGUGGUUUCAUGGGUGUUAAGGUUUGUUUAUUGAUACUGUGGUUUCAUGGACGGUGAGGGUUUUUUUAUUGAUACUGUGGUUUCAUGGACGGUUUUAGGUUUGAUUAUUGAUCUGGGUUUCAUGGACGGUGAGGUUUGUUUAUUGAUACUGUGGUUUCAGGACGGUGAGGUUUGAUUAUUUAUACUGUGGUUUCAUGGACGGUGAGGUUUGUUUAUUGAUACUGUGGUUUUCAGGACGGUGAGGUUUGAUUAUGAUACUGUGGUUUCAUUUGGGCGUUGAGGUUUGUUUAUGAUACUGUGGUUUCAUGGACGGUGAGGUUUGAUUAUUGAUACUGUGGUUUCAUGGACGGUGGAGGUUUGAUUAUUGAUACUGUGGUUUCAUGGACGGUGAGGUUUGUUUAUUGAUACUGUGGUUUCAUGGACGGUGAGGUUUGAUUAUUGAUACUGUGGUUUCAUGGAUGGGGAUGUUUGAUUAUUGAUACUGUGGUUUCAUGGACGGUGAGGUUUGAUUAUUGAUACUGUGGGUUUCAUGGACGGUGAGGUUUUGAAUUAUUGAUACUGUGGUUUCAUGGACGGUGAGGUUUGAUUAUUGAUACUGUGGUUUCAUGGACGGUGAGGUUUGUUUAUUGAUACUGUGGUUUCAUGGACGGUGAGGUUUUGCUUAUUGAUACUGUGGUUUCAUGGGACGGUGAGGUUUGAUUAUUGAUACUGUGGUUUCAUGGACGGUGAGGUUUGAUUAUUGAUACUGUGGUUUCAUGGACGGUGAGGUUUGUUUAUUGAUACUGUGGUUUCAUGGACGGUGAGGUUUGAUUAUUGAUACUGUGGUUUCAUGGACGGUGAGGUUUGUUUAUUGAUACUGUGGUUUCAUGGACGGUGAGUUUGAUUAUUGAUACUGGGGGUUUCAUGGACGGUGAGGUUUGAUUUUUGAUACUGUGGUUUCAUGGACCCGGGGAGGUUUGUUUAUUGAUACGUGGUUUCAUGGCGGUGAGGUUUGUUUAUUGAUACUGUGGUUUCAGGACGGUGGAGGUUUGUUUAUUGAUACUGUGGUUUCAUGGACGGUGAGGUUGUUUAUUGAUAUGUGGGUUCAUGGACGGGGGAGGUUUGAUUAUUGAUACUGUGGUUUUAUGGACGGGAGGUUUGUUUAUUGAUACUGUGGUUUCAUGGACGGUGAGGUUGUUAUUGAUACUGUGGUUUCAUGGACGGUGAGGUUUGGUUUAUUGAUACUGUGGUUUCAUGGACGGUGAGGUUUGGUUUUUUGAUACUGUGGUUCAUUUGGGCGGUGAGGUUGUUUAUUGAUACUGUGGUUUCAUGGACGGUGAGGUUUGAUUAUUGAUACUGUGGUUUCAUGGACGGUGAGGUUUGUUUAUUGAUACUGUGGUUUCAAUGGACGGUUUGAGGUUUGAUUAUUGAUACUGUGGUUUCAUGGGACGGUUGAGUUUUGAUUAUUGAUACUGUGGUUUUCAUGGACGGUUGAGGUUUGAUUUAUUGAUACUGUGGUUUCAUGGACGGUUAAGGUUUGAUUAUUGAUUACUGUGGUUUCAUGGACGUGAGGUUUGUUUAUUGAUACUGUGGUUUCAUGGCCGGUGAGUGUUGUUUAUUGAUACUGUGGUUUCAUGGACGGUUGGAGGUUUGAUUAUUGAUACUGUGGUUUCAUGGACGGUGAGGUUUGUUUCUUGAUACUGGUGGUUUCAUGGACGGUGAGGUUUGAUUAUUGAUACUGGUGGUUUCAUGGACGGUGAGGUUUGUUUAUUGAUACUGUGGUUUCAUGGACGGUGAGGUUUGAUUAUUGAUACUGUGGUUUCAUGGACGGGUGAGGUUUGUUUAUUAUAACUGUGGUUUCAAUGGACGGUUGAGGUUUGAUUAUUGAUACUGUGGGUUUCAUGGACGGUGAGGUUUGAUUAUUGACUUAUACUGUGGUUUCAUGGACGGUGAGGUUUGUUUAUUGAUACUGUGGUUUUCAUGGAUGGGUGAUGUUUGAUUAUUGAUACUGUGGUUUCAUGGACGUGGGAGGUUUGAUUAUUGAUACUGUGGUUUCAUGGACGGUGGAAGGUUGAUUAUUGAUACUGUGGUUUUCAUGGACGGUGAGGUUUUGAUUAUUGAUACUGUGGUUUCAUGGACCGGUGAGGGUUGUGAUUAUUGAUACUGUGGUUUCAUGGACGGUGGAGGUUUGAUUAUUGAUACUGUGGGUUUCAUGGACGGUGAGGUUUUGAUUAUUGAUACUGUGGUUUCAUGGACGGUGAGGUUUGAUUAUUGAUACUGUUGGUUUCAUGGACGGUGAGGUUUGAUUAUUGAUACUGUGGUUUCAUGGACGGUGAGGGUUGAUUAUUGAUACUGUGGUUCAUGGACGGUUGAGGUUUGAUUAUUGAUACUGUGGUUUCAUGGAUGGGGAUGUUUGAUUAUUGAUACUGUGGUUUCAUGGACGGGAGGUUUUGAUUAUUGAUACUGUGGUAUCAUGGACGGUGAGGUUUGAUUAUUGAUACUGUGGUUUCAUGGACGGUGAGGUUUGAUUAUUGAUACUCUAGUUUCAGGGACGGUGAGGUUUGAUUAUUGAUACUGUGGUUUCAUGGACGGUGAGGUUUGAUUAUUGAUACUGUGGUUUCAUGGACGGUGAGGUUUGAUUAUUGAUACUGUGGUUUCAUGGACGGUGAGGUUUGAUUAUUGAUACUGUGGUUUCAUGGACGGUGAGGUUGAUUAUUGAUACUGUGGUUUCAUGGACGGUGAGGUUUGAUUAUUGAUACUGUGGGUUUCAUGGACGGUUGAGGUUUGAUUAUUGAUACUGUGGUUUCAUGGACGGUGAGGUUUGAUUAUUGAUACUCUAGAUUCAUGGAUGGUGAUGUUUGAUUAUUGAUACUGUAGUUUCAUUGACGGUAAGUUUUGAUUAUUGAUACUGUGGUUUCAUGGACGGUGAGGUUUGUUUAUUGAUACUGUGGUUUCAUGGACGGUGAGUUUGAUUAUUGAUACUGUGGUUUCAUGGACGGUGAGGUUUGAUUAUUGAUACUGUGGUUUCAUGGACGGUGAGGUUUGAUUAUUGAUACUGUGGUUUCAUGGACGGUGAGGUUUGAUUAUUGAUACUCUAGAUUCAUGGAUGGUGAUGUUUGAUUAUUGAUACUGUAGUUUCAUUGACGGUAAGUUUUGAUUAUUGAUACUGUGGUUUCAUGGACGGUGAGGUUUGUUUAUUGAUACUGUGGUUUCAUGGACGGUGAGGUUUGAUUAUUGAUACUGUGGUUUCAUGGACGGUGAGGUUUGAUUAUUGAUACUGUGGUUUCAUGGACGGUGAGGUUUGAUUAUUGAUACUGUGGUUUCAUGGACGGUGAGGUUUGAUUAUUGAUACUCUAGAUUCAUGGAUGGUGAUGUUUGAUUAUUGAUACUGUAGUUUCAUUGACGGUAAGUUUUGAUUAUUGAUACUGUGGUUUCAUGGACGGUGAGGUUUGUUUAUUGAUACUGUGGUUUCAUGGACGGUGAGGUUUGAUUAUUGACACUGUGGUUUCAUGGACGGUGAGGUUUGAUUAUUGACACUGUGGUUUCAUGGACGGUGAUGUUUGAUUAUUGAUACUGUGGUUUCAUGGACGGUGAGGUUUGAUUAUUGAUACUGUGGUUUCAUGGACGGUGAGGUUUGAUUAUUGAUACUCUGGUUUCAUGCUCUUCAGUCUGUCUCUCUAUUUACACUUGUACUGUAUUUACAGUCUCUGUCAUGAACCUGCUGUCCACACGCACAUUCUGAUAUGCCUCUCUUUCGUUCUCUCUCUCUCCCCAUGCAGAGAACCAGUUCUGUGGGGGUAGACUAACGAAGGCUCUCUCUCUCCCCAUGCAGAGAACCAGUUCUGUGGGGGUAGACUAACGAAGGCUCUCUCUCUCCCCAUGCAGAGAACCAGUUCUGUGGGGGUAGACUAACGAAGGCUCAAGGUUCCAUCAAGACGCCCAACUGGCCCAACUCAGAUUACCCAGCAGGCAUCAGCUGCUCCUGGCACAUCUCCGUGGAGCCCAGCAAUGUCAGGCCUCAACCAAUCACAACACAGCAUCAGCACACCUCCACCAAUGAUAACACAGCAUCAGCAAACCUCCACCAAUCACAACACAGCAUCAGCACACGUCUACCAAUCACAACACAGCAUCAGCACACCUCCACCAAUCACAACACAGCAUCAUCAGCACACCACCAAUCACAACACAGCAUCAGCAGCACACCUCCACCAAAAAACAAAACCCAGCAUCAGCACACCUCCACCAAUCACAACACAGCAUCAGCAGCAUACAACCACCAAUCAGAACACAGCAUCAGCACACCUCCACCAAUCACAACACAGCAUCAGCACACACCUGUUAUACCUCUUCAUUGGAUCACUUUAUUUGAGAUUCUAAAAGGUUGUAGUUAUUAGAGACUUCUCUAAAAAUGUAUGCGCUCACUAACUGUAAGUCGCUCUGGAUAAGAGCAUCUGCUAAAUGACUAAAAUGUUAAAUGUAAAUGUAAAUGCUCUGGAAGCUUGAUACAGGUCCUCAAGUUAUGGGAGUAGAUCCGUGUGUGUAAGUGUGUCUGUGUGUGUCUUGUGUGUGUGUGUGUGUGUGUGUGGUGUGUUUUGUGUGGUGUUUGGUGUUGUGUGUAAGUGUGUGUGUUGUGUUGUCUUGUGUGUGUUGUGUGUGUGUUGUGUUUGUGUGUGUGUGUGUGUGUGUGUGUGUUGUUGUGUGGGUGUGUGUGUGUGUGUGUGUGUGUGUGUGUGUGUCUGUGUGGUGUGCCCACCUGCCUGUGGUCCUGUGCUGUGUGUUAAUGAAAGGCUUCAUUGAAGGAGUAGGGCGUGUAAUGUUGAGAGUGGAGAGAAGAUGAGAGAGACUGAGCUAGAGAAGAGAGAGAGAGAGAGAAGAGAGAGAGGAAGAGGAGAGGAGCGAGAGAGAGAGAGAGCACGAUGAUAGACCGAGAGCGAGCCCGACAUGAGAAACUAGAGAGACGUAGAGCAGAGAAUCGAGCAUUGUAAAUGUCCCUCUGUAUUCUAAAUGUCAGCCUGACCACUCCCUCACUCUACAUUACAUAAAAUAAUUAUGAAUAACAAGAUGCGCUACAUGACGCAUAACUAAAACCUAUCAUGACCUUAGAUUCUAAGGUUAUAUCUGUCAAAAGAUGAUUCUGAGAUUAAUGGCUUCGAAAUUCCAUCCCUCAUUGGUUUGAAUGGUGUGAGCAAUUUCCAUUUUGUGUAACUUAAUAUGAUUUGUGUUAUGUAAGAAUGGUUAAUGUUAUAAAACCGGUUAAUGUAACAGCAUACACCUGUACUUUAUGUUAAUGUAACAACAUAUUACGUUACUUUAUGUUACUGUAACAACAUAUUAAAUGUAUUUAUGUAUUGUAAAAACUAUUACUGUACUUUAUGUUAAUGUAACAACAUUUACUGUACUUUUUGUUAAUUUUUAACAGCAUAUCACCUGUACUUUAUGGUUUAAUUUAAAAACAUAUUACUGUACUUUAUGUUACUGUAACAAAAAUAUUACUGUACUUUAUGGUUAAUGUAACAACAUAUUACUGUACUUUUUGUUAAUGUAACAACUAUUACUGUACUUUAUGUUAUUUUUAACCCAAAAUAUUACUGUACUUUAUGUUAUUGUAACAACAUAUUACUGUACUUUAUGUUACUGUAACAACAUAUUACUGUACUUUAUGUUAUUGUAACAACAUAUUACUGUACUUUAUGUUAAUGUAACAACAUAUUACUGUACUUUAUGUUACUGUAACAACAUAUUACUGUACUUUAUGUUAUUGUAACAACAUAUUACUGUACUUUAUGUUAAUGUAACAACAUAUUACUGUACUUUAUGUUACUGUAACAACAUAUUACUGUACUUUAUGUUAUUGUAACAACAUAUUACUGUACUUUAUGUUACUGUAACAACAUAUUACUGUACUUUAUGUUACUGUAACAAUAUAUUACUGUACUUUAUGUUAAUGUAACAACAUUUUACUGUACUUUAUGUUAAUGUAACAACAUAUUACUGUACUUUAUGUUAUUGUAACAACAUAUUACUGUACUUUAUGUUAUUGUAACAACAUAUUACUGUACUUUAUGUUAUUGUAACAACAUAUUACUGUACUUUAUGUUAAUGUAACAACAUAUUACUGUACUUUAUGUUAUUGUAACAACAUAUUACUGUACUUUAUGUUAUUGUAACAACAUAUUACUGUACUUAUGUUAUUGUAAACAUAUACUGUACUUUAUGUAUGUAACAACAUAUACUGUACUUUAUGUUAUUGUAACAACAUAUUACUGUACUUUAUGUUAAUGUAACAACAUAUUACUGUACUUUAUGUUUUUGUAACAACAUAUUACUGUACUUUAUGUUAUUGUAACAACAUAUUACUGUACUUUAUGUUAUUGUAACAACAUAUUACUGUACUUUAUGUUAUUGUAACACCAAUAUGACUUUAUGUAUGUAACAAAUUAUACUGUACUUUAUGUUAGUGAACAACAUAUUACUGUACUUUAUGUUAAUGUAAAACAUAUUACUGUACUUUAUGUUACUGUAACAACAUAUUACUGUACUCUAUGUUAAUGUAACAACAUAUUACUGUACUUUAUGUUAUUGUAACAACAUAUUACUGUACUUUAUGUUACUGUAACAACAUAUUACUGUACUUUAUGUUAAUGUAACAACAUAUUACUGUACUUUAUGUUACUGUAACAACAUAUUACUGUACUUUAUGUUAUGGUAACAACAUAUUACUGUACUUUAUGUUAUUGUAACAACAUAUUACUGUACUUUAUGUUAUUGUAACAACAAAUUACUGUACUUUAUGUUAAUGUAACAACAUAUUACUGUACUUUAUGUUACUGUAACAACAUAUUACUGUACUCUAUGUUAAUGUAACAACAUAUUACUGUACUUUAUGUUAUUGUAACAACAUAUUACUGUACUUUAUGUUACUGUAACAACAUAUUACUGUACUUUAUGUUAUUGUAACAACAUAUUACUGUACUUUAUGUUAUUGUAACAACAUAUUAACUGUACUUUUAUGUUAAUGUAACAACAUAUUACUGUACUUUAUGUUAUUGUAACAACAUAUACUGGUACUUUAUGUUAUUGUAACAACAUAUUACUGUACUUUAUGUUAUUGUAACAAACAUAUUACUGGUACUUCAUGUUACUGGUAACAACAUAUUACCUGUACUCUAUGUUAAGUGUAACAAACAUAUUACUGUACUUUAUGUUAUUGUAACAACAUAUUACUGUACUUUAUGUUACUGUAACAACAUAUUACUGUACUUUAUGUUAAUAUAACAACAUAUUACUGUACUUUAUGUUACUGUAACAACAUAUUACUGUACUUUAUGUUACUGUAACAACAUAUUACUGUACUUUAUGUUAUUGCAACAACAUAUUACUGUACUUUAUGUUACUGUAACAACAUAUAACUGUACUUUAUGUUAUUGUAACAACAUAUUACUGUACUUUAUAUUAUUGUAACAACAUAUUACUGUACUUUAUGUUCUAUGCAGUGUUUCUGUCAUCUUAUGAAUGUCUGUUAUGACAUCAUGACUGGUUAUGUAUUCCUAGGUGAUCGAGGUCAAGUUUGAGAAGUUGGAUAUAGAGGCUGACACGUACUGUCGCUAUGACUAUGUGGCAUUCUUUAAUGGGGGUGAGAGGGACGACUCGCGGCGAAUCGGGAAGUACUGUGGUGACAGGGUACCAGGGUCAGGAAAUUUUCUUACGAUGUUACUGAAAUUUUUUAUCUAAUGUUGUUACAUUUUCACUUAGAUUUGGAAAACCACAGCCCUCUCUCCUCUCUCCUUCCCUUUGCUAUUCACUCUUCCCUCUUCCUCUCCUCUCUCCUUCCAUUUGAUAUUCACUCCUCCCUCCUCUCUCCCUCCUCUCUCCCUCCUCUCCUCCAUUCCCUCCCCCCUCUUACAGGACCAUAGUGACCAAUGGGAACGAGCUCCUGGUGCAGUUUGUGUCUGACCUCAGUGUGACCUCCAAUGGCUUUAUGGCCCACUACUCCAGUGUGCCCCGGGGGUCCCGGACGCCCUCCUCGGGGGAAGACACCACCCAUGGGCCUCGGGUCACCGCCACACCCCAGAAACCUACCUCCAAGCCGGCCAAACCGGCCCGGACCGCUCCUAAACCCAAGCCAGCCAUCGGGGCCAAGCCCACCCCAAAACCAGCCACCAGACCUGGGGUGAGGAUACCAGUGAAGCCUCCACCACGUAAGCCUACAGCCAAGCCUGGAGUCAGACCCAUACCUAAACCGAAACCCACUAAGCCUAUUCCUAAAGCUGGGGCUAGGCCUACUACUCAACCUGUUACCAAGACUAAACCAACCCCUAAACCUAGCAUCAAGGCGAAAUCCAAACCAGUGAAACCAACUAAGAAACCCUUCUCUAAGCCUGGAGCCAAGGCCACACCAAAACCAGGGGCCAAACCAGUGAAACCAACUAAGAAACCCUUCUCUAAGCCUGGAGCCAAGCCCACACCAAAACCAGGGGCCAAACCAGUGAAACCAACUAAGAAACCCUUCUCUAAGCCUGGAGCCAAGCCCACACCUAAACCAGGGACUAAGCCUAAAACCACAGCCAAGCCUGGACAGAGCCGGACUAAGACUGUGACUAAGAAACGUGAGUUACAAUCUGAUGAGGGAACAACCUUGUACUACUGCACUGUGAUUGUCACUGAUGCUUUUCAGAAAUUGUGUUUUUGAAAUAACAGUUUCUGUGUGUGUGUGUGUGUGUGUGUAUUUUGUAGUCCUACCGAUGAAUCAGCUGUGUACCCUGGCUUGUAAGAGGUCAGGAACACUCCAAUCCAACUUCUGCCCUAAUGAUUUCGGUGAGUCACACCCUCUAGCCUCUUCUUACUCUACUAUCUCUUUGGUUCUCCCUGUCUUCCCAAAUCAUUUCACUUCCACUUGCUCUUCACUCCUUUCUCUCUAUCUCUCUCACCUGUUCGUUGGCAUGGUUUUUAAGUAGCUAUCUUGGUUGUCAUAGAUACAGUAUUUGUCCUUGUGCUAGUAGAUUGGUGUGUGACCUGCAAGGGAACAUUUUAACGGUAGACAGGAAGAAGCCACAGCACUUAGAACAAUUAUUUUAAAUUACUCAAAACAAUGUCCUGUGGGAAAAAAUCUCUCCUCUCUCUCCUCUCUCUCUCUCUCUCUCUCUCCUCUCAUCUCUCUCUUCUCUUCUCUCGCUCUCUCCUCUCUCUCUCUCUCUCGCUCUCUCUUCUCUCUCUCUCUCUUCUCUCUCUCCUCUCUCUCUCUCUCUCUCUCUCUCUUUUGGUGUCUCUCCUCUCCUCUCUCAUUCCCUCAGGCUGUCAAUAUUGCGACUUUAACAAUCAAACACCAAAGAAUAGCCACGGGAACAUGUUUGUCACAAGCCUUUAUAUGACAAAAAUAUCUGAAUCCCUCCCAAAGAAGGGAAUGGGAUGAGUGGGUCAGGAUGUAUCUUGGUAUCCUGUUUUAACCCCUCCCACUCAGUGAGUCAGGAUGUAUCUUGGUAUCCUGUUUUAACCCCUCCCACUCAGUGAGUCAGGAUGUAUCUUGGUAUCCUGUUUUAACCCCUCCCACUCAGUGAGUCAGGAUGUAUCUUGGUAUCCUGUUUUAACCCCUCCCACUCAGUGAGUCAGGAUGUAUCUUGGUAUCCUGUUUUAACCCUCCCACUCAGUGAGUCAGGAUGUAUCUUGGUAUCCUGUUUUAACCCCUCCCACUCAGUGAGUCAGGAUGUAUCUUGGUAUCCUGUUUUAACCCCUCCCACUCAGUGAGUCAGGAUGUAUCUUGGUAUCCUGUUUUAACCCCUCCCACUCAGUGAGUCAGGAUGUAUCUUGGUAUCCUGUUUUAACCCCUCCCACUCAGGAGUCAGGAGGUAUCUUGGUAUCCUGUUUUAACCCCUCCCACUCAGGAGUCAGGAUGUAUCUUGGCAUCCUGUUUUAACCCCUCCCACUCAGUGAGUCAGGAUGUAUCUUGGUAUCCUGUUUUAACCCCUCCCACUCAGGAGUCAGGAUGUAUCUUGGUAUCCUGUUUUUAACCCCUCCCACUCAGUGAGUCAGGAUGUAUCUUGGUAUCCUGUUUUAACCCCUCCCACUCAGUGAGUCAGGAUGUAUCUUGGUAUCCUGUUUUAACCCCUCCCACUCCAGUGAGUCAGGAUGUAUCUUGGUAUCCUGUUUUAACCCCUCCCACUCAGUGAGUCAGGAUGUAUCUUGGUAUCCUGUUUUAACCCCUCCCACUCAGUGAGUCAGGAUGUAUCUUGGUAUCCUGUUUUAACCCCUCCCACUCAUUCUCUUACUCCACCACUCCUCCCUGUCCCCCCUCCUCCUCUUCUCCCUCUCUCUUCUUUCUCCCCCCUCUUACCCUCACCCCACCCCACCUCUCCCUCUCCUCUCCUCUCUCCCUACUCCCAGUGAUCACAGGGAAGGUGACAUCCUUGGUCCCAGGCCCCAGGGGCAGUGUGACUGCGGAUGUGUCUCUCAUCAAGGCCUAUAAGAGUGGCCGCCUGGCCAUCACCAAAUCAGGACCAGCCAUGUCCGUCAAACUCACCUCCACCUGCAGGAAUUGCCCCGGCCUACGCAAAGGUAUGUGCCGUCUCACAUACACUGAGUCUGCCAAACAUUAGGAACACCUUCCUAAUAUUGAGUUGCAAGCUGAUUCAAAUAACCAAAGCUUGAUGAUGAGUUGGUUAUUUGAAUCAGCUGUGUAGUGCUAAGGCAAAAAACAAAACGUGCACCCGGGGGAGGGGGGGAGCACCAGAACCAAGUUUGGGAAACCCUGGACUAAUUGACUGAUUAGUAAAUCGGUUAAUUAAUUAAUUUGUUCAUUAAUUCAUUAAUUCAUUAAUUCAUCUAUCCAUCCAUCCAUCCAUUAAUGUAUUCAUUCUUUCAUUCAUUCAUCUAUCCGUCCAUCCAUUCAUUAAUUUAUUCAUUCGUCUAUCCCAUCCAUCCGUUCAUUUAUUUAUUCAUUCAUUCAUCUUCCAUUUAUUCAUUCAUAUAUUCAUUCAUUCAGGAGCGAACUACGUGUUGAUGGGCGAUGUGGAUUUGCAGGGGCGUGGCCUUCUCACCCCCUCCAGCUUCGCUCUCCUGUACAAGGCGGUCCACGCCAAAGCACUGGCCAAUCUCGCCCGCCAACCAUGCUGAUUUUACAGCCCAGUCCACCAGUCACAGAGUGGGACACCUGCCAUUCCUCCUACCAACCAACAACUGCACUACAACUGUCCAAAUAUGAGUCGUUAGAAUAUACGUUUAUGAAAAACGACCAAAGAUGGCUUCCGAAAGGUUAGGGGCACAGGGCUAACCAUUACAUACAGUAUUGAAAAUCUUUUUAUAUUGCUAUAUUAUUAUUUCGUAUUUUUUAUACGCUCAGAUAUACUUAUUUGUAUUUGUAUGUAAAUUAGGAUAUUUCUGUGAAUAAAGGAUGUAUAUCGCAAAUAUUAGAUUAUUUUGUGUGUUACGUAAAAUGUCAUUUUCUUAAGCUAAGACAUCGCUAAAGGUGUAUGCCUCUUCAGCAGCGGUACUUUCACCAUCCAUUUGGUCUCAAUUAAUAUGGACGUUCUCGGCUAAUUACAAAUCAAUGGCUACACCAGGUGGUAGUUUGUGGUUCAGACAUGAUAUUGAAUUUUCACCAAUUCAAAAAUAGAACGGACACCUCUUGCAAUGAUUUGAACACGCAUUUAUUUUGUUAUGGUUAUAUUAGAAAAUCACAUUUUCUAAAGACUUUUCUAAUGUAUUUUAUUAACGUCAACUGUAUAUUAUCCACAAGUGAAACAGCACUGUCCUAUUUGGAAUCAGUCUAUUCCUUCCUACGUAACUUUAAUGGGCUGUACACAUUUUAAAUAAAAACUGUGUUUAACAGAAUGAUCACAUACUAUGAAGAGUUACAUAAUGUCACCUUCAGGACGAGAUGUGUAGUCAUGGGGACACACGGGGGACACAUGGCUCAGAGACGGUUUGUGUCGCCACCUGGUGGUCUUUGC